CUUCCCAGCGUGCAGGAGGGGCCUGGGUGUGUUCCCCAUGGAGCUCCGACGCGCUUUACCCCAGGAUAUCCGGGAGCUGCUGCACUGCUUGAAGAUGAGGAGCAAGUACGCCGUCCUGCUGGUCUUCGUCAUCAGCCUCGUCAUCAUCGAGAAGGAGAACAACUUCAUCUCCAGGGUGUCGGACAAGCUGAAGCAGUCCCCGCAGGCGCUGGCGGACGCCAACAGCACGGAGGUCAGCCCAGCACCGGACAAGAACGGCUCACUGGCCUCGCUGCAGGAGCUGGACGCUGCCUUCUCCCAGCUGAGGUCCCACCUGUACAACAUCACCCUGCAGCUGGCAGGCGACGGGGACCCCGGGCCGCGGCGGCACGUCCUGCUGAUGGCCACCACCCGCACCGGCUCCUCCUUCGUCGGCGAAUUCUUCAACCAGCAGGGCAGCAUCUUCUACCUCUUUGAGCCCCUGUGGCACGUCGAGAAGACGGUGACCUUCCUGCCGGGGGGAGCCAGCGCCGUGGGCUCAGCCUUGGUUUACCGAGACGUCCUCAAGCAGCUCCUCCUCUGCGACCUCUACAUCUUAGAGAACUUCAUCUCACCGGUGCCCGAGGGCCACCUGACGCCCUUCUUGUUCCGGCGGGGCUCCAGCCACUCGCUGUGCGAGGAGCCCGUCUGCACGCCCAGCACCAAGAAGGUUUUUGAGAAGUACUACUGCAAGAACCGCCGCUGCGGCCCCCUCAACAUCACUCUGGCGGCCGAGGCGUGCCGGCGCAAGCAGCACGUGGCCCUGAAGACGGUGCGCAUCCGGCAGCUGGAAUUCCUGCAGCCGCUGGUGGAGGACCCCCGGCUGGACCUGCGCAUCAUCCAGCUGGUGCGGGACCCCCGCGCCGUGCUGGCCUCUCGCAUGGUGGCCUUCUCCGGCAAGUACGAGACCUGGAAGAAGUGGGCGUCCGAAGGGGAGGCUCCCCUGCGCGAAGAGGAGGUGCAGCGGCUGCGGGGCAACUGCGAGAGCAUCCGAGUGUCGGCGGAGCUGGGGCUGCGGCGGCCGGGCUGGCUGCGGGGCCGGUACAUGCUGGUGCGCUACGAGGACGUGGCGCGGGCGCCGCUGCAGAAGGCUCGGGAGAUGUUCCGCUUCGCCGGGCUGCCCCUCACGCCGCAGGUGGAGGAGUGGAUCGGCAAGAACACGCAGGCUCCCCGCGACGGCAACGGCGUCUACUCCACGUGCAAGAACUCCUCGGAGCAGUUCGACAAGUGGCGCUUCGGCAUGCCCUUCAAGCUGGCGCAGGUGGUGCAGGACGCCUGCGCGCCGGCCAUGCAGCUCUUUGGCUACAAGCUGGCCAGCAGCCCCGCCCAGCUCGCCAACCGCUCCUUCAGCCUGCUGGAGGAGGCACAGCCCGCCUGGGUCACGUAA